AUGGGGCGGAUCUUCCUGGACCACAUCGGGGGCACACGCCUCUUCUCCUGUGCCAACUGUGACACCAUCCUGACCAACCGCUCAGAACUCAUCUCCACCCGCUUCACCGGAGCCACCGGCCGAGCAUUCCUCUUCAACAAGGCAAGCGACACCUCCGCUGUAACACCACGACACCAGCCUGCUACUGCCAAAUACAUGUUUUCACAUUAGUGCUUUUACCCCUUGAGUGAAAUGGUCCAAUGUGAAAAUGCCUUUUAUGCUCAACACUCAAACUAAUAACUUUUAUGCCAGACUCACUUUCGCUAUGCUUAGCUAUGUAUAACACACAAGUGUACUCACAAAAUGUACACAGCAAGUUACACUAACGUGACACCUAGAAAACCCACUUCCACAAUAGACAGACAUAACACACCUAGCAAACACAUACGUGUUUAUUACCAUGUUAUGGCUGUGUAAUAACCUCUGCAUUAUUAUUCAUUAUCUGUAAGGUGGUGAACCUGCAGUACAGCGAGGUGCAGGACCGCGUGAUGCUGACGGGCAGACACAUGGUGCGAGAUGUCAGCUGUAAGAACUGCAACAGCAAGCUGGGCUGGAUCUAUGAGUUUGCCACCGAGGACAGCCAGCGCUACAAGGAGGGCCGCGUCAUCCUGGAGAGAGCACUCGUCAGGGAGAGCGAGGGUUUCGAAGAGCACGUCCCCUCUGACAACUCCUGA